AUGAACUCCGGCCCGCCCCGCAACGAGGAACUCGACCUGCCGGAGGCUCGCAUAAUCGACGAGGACAAGGAAUUCGUGGGCGUCAUGAGCACCGACGAGGCCAUGGUCAUCGCCGAGGAGGCCGGGCUGGACCUCGUCCUGGUCAGCCCCGACGCCAACCCGCCGGUGUGUCGCAUCAUGAACUACUCCAAGUUCAAGUACGAGAACGAGAAGAAGGCGAGGGAGACCCGCAAGAAAGCCGCCGCGUCCAGGGUGGAGGUCAAGGAGCUCAAGAUGCGCUACAACAUCGACGUCCACGACUACGGCGUCAGGCUCAGAGCCGCGCAGAAGUUCCUCGGCGCCGGCGACCGCGUGAAGGUCAUCUGCCAGUUCCGCGGAAGGGAGAACGAGUUUCGCGAUCUCGGCCGCGACAUGUUCAUGCGCUUCGUCGACGACGUGGGCGCCGACUUGUGCAACCUGGACGGGUCGCCGUCGAUGGAGGGCAACCGCAUGGUGAUGCUCCUGUCUCCGGUGAAGGAGAAGAGGGCGGUGGCGCAGGACGGUCCGUCCAGGCGCAAGAAGCUGACGAGGAAGGAGAAGGAGGCGAUGUCCGCCGAGGCCAGGGCCAACGGGUCCGCGGCUGACGACGACGAGUACGACGACGAGGAGGGCUCCUGGGACGAGGACGACGAGGAGGAGGGGUCCUGGGACGAGGACGAGCAGGACGACGGGUCGUACGAGGAGGAGGAGGAGGAGGAGGAGGUCAUGGUGUUCUCCAAGAAGAACUGA